CCUCGCUCGCAGCAGCAGCAGCAGCAUCGUAUAGUAGCCGAGCGAGUCGCCGGUUCUGUGUGCAACUUGCGCUGCCACGACUGUGCAAAGCUCGUAUGUUAUUUUUUGUGCCCUCCUCCUCCCGCCUCUUUUUCCCCGUAUAUAACAAGUGUGUACAUACAUCGGCGAGUGAGUGAGUGUGCGUGCGUGUGCUUGCGGUGCGUCUGUAUGCGAGAACCGACGACGACGUCACGUGUGUCUUGCCGCAGCUUUUAUAUCUCGUAUCGUGCGUAUAGAGCAGCAGUUGUACAUCCUCCGCUGCACCACUGCUACUUAUAAUAUAAACAAGUGACAAAGAUAAACGCCGUGUCGUUGCCAACUCUAAACGCGCGGCAGCCAGCUCUAAACUCAGCCGAGAGAGAUAAGAGGAGACACCGCGCGCCGCAGACGAUGUUUAUGAAGCGCUGUAACGACGACGACGAGGAGCUUUUGCUGCAGAGAUAAGAUCUUCUCUCACAUACACACACAUGCGUUAUAGUGGUGUACGUAUAUAAUACAAGGUGUGCCGUGGUGUGCUUUUGUUCGUGCGCGCCGAUUAUGCAUUGUUCUAAGCGCGUUGCGAGGUUCGUCGAGCUGCUGACGCUGCCACUGCCACUGUCAUCGCUGUCGGUGCCGCUCAUCUGACAGGUUUUUUUUUACCUUCGCGCUCUAUCACAAUAAUCGUCGAUUGAGCUGCACGGCUUUGCGGUGCAUGUGUGUGUGUGUGUCGUCCGUGUGUUUUAUGAAGAUUAGAAGACAAGUGUCGACCGAGUCAUGAUCAUCGGAUCACUGAUGAUCAGUCGGAUGAUCGCGGGCUGUCGUCCUUCUUCCCAUGCCUGCAGUAGACACUGACGAUAUGGACACAGUAUGGCUCCGGUACCACUCUACUGGCACGCCUGUGGGAGUAGUAGUCUCGCCUCGCAUGCCUUCGUCUUCCUCUUACUCCUGCUGCUGCCGCGAUCUACUACAGAGUGCGACCAGAGGUUCGUAAGCAUACCGGAUGGGCCGCAGAACGGCACGUUCCACGCGCCGAAUCUCGUCAAUCCGGAGGGCGAGUCGCGCCAGUGCGUCUACACGUUCCUGGCGGGGCCGCAUCAGCGCGUAGAGCUCGUCUUUACGAACUUUGGCCUUCGUGGCACACCGCCCGAUGGAGCCGCAGUCGGAGAACUACCCGCGUGUGUCCACGAGUACAUGGACGUGUACACGGAGAUCCGGACGGACAACACGACCAAGCUGAUAGAGACGCCGUUCGGGGGCAGGUACUGCGGCCCGAUACCGCCUCGCAAGAGGGUCUCGCUUUACCAGGGCAUCGCUCUGAGCUUUUAUACCGACAAGAACAUCACUCUGCCGACCCUCUUCGACGGCCGAUACGCCUUCAUCAAUGCCUCUGAAUACGAGAUCGGGACGCCGGCGCCGUCGCUGCCAUGCUCGUUCAUCGUCAACGCCGACGUCAAGCGGACCGGCUCGAUACUGUCGCCCACCUAUCCGGGCACCUAUCCCAAGGACCUCGUCUGCAGCUACCAGUUCAUCGGCCAGCCGAGGCAGAGGGUGCGCCUCGAGUUUCGCGACUUCGAUCUCUUCUUCGGCGGCCCUCACUGUCCGUUCGAUUACGUAAAAGUUUACGACGGCAUCAACAACACGUCGGCGGUGAUAGGCACGUACUGCGGCCAGCAGCGCAAUCUCGUCCUGUACUCGUCCGAGUCCAGUCUAUUCGUGCUGUUCGUCACGCUGCAGAGGACGGCCAACACGCAGAAUCGCGGCUUCAAGGGCAUCUUCGAGUUCUCCGAGAGCUUCGUCAAACUCGACUUCAUCACGAAUUAUGGGGGCGAGCACAUACGCGGCACCGAGUGCGACCAGAAGAUCCUCAGCCGAAAGGAGUCGAUCGGCUUCGUCGUGUCGCCCAACUAUCCCUAUCCCUAUAUACCGAAAGUGGUGUGCCGCUACUUCAUCUACGGCAUGCAGGACUCGCAGCAUCUCGAGCGCGUCAGGCUCGAGUUCGCCUCGUUCACGAUACCGAAGGGGGAGACCAAGGGAGACACGAGCUGCACCGACGGCUAUCUCAAGCUGUACCUGAAGGGCCAGGAGGCCACGGACUCGUACGACAAGCACGACUACGAGCUCUGCGGCAAGGACAACACGCCGGGCCACGUGGUGAGCGACGGCCCCCGCCUCGUCAUGGUCUUCUCGAGCGGCGAGCAGCAGGGCCGCGGCUUCAAGGCCAAGUACGUCUUCGAGACGGAGUACCGGAUACCCGGCACCGCCGCCCCCGACGGCAGCUGCACCUUCACCUAUCGCAGCUCGUCCCGCAAACGGGGCGAGUUCAAUUCGCCCCGCUACCCGAGCAACUAUCCGAGCGACACCAACUGCACCUAUCUGUUCAUGGCUACGCCCAACGAGCAGGUCACCCUCAUAUUCGAUCACUUCAAGAUACGCACCAAGAAUUACAACGUCAGCGGGGGACAUUACGGCAUGGAGUACUGCCAGGACGACUGGGUCGAGAUCUACAACAUGUACAGAGAUAACACGGAGAAAAUGAUCGGCCGUUAUUGCGGCAUGACGGCGCCCGGCCCCGUCGAGUCGACCCUCGGUGCGCUCGGCGUCAAAGUCAUCCUUCACACCGACUCCGAUCUCGUCUACAGUGGCUUCAAGGCGCGCUACGUCUUCGAGAACGCCAAGUCCAUAUUCGGCGACUGCGGCUCGAACAUAAGCAGCCUUCAUUACGGCAUCAUCACCAGUCCGAAUUUUCCCAACAAGUACGACGCGCCGUCCAAGAAUCUGGCCAGCAAGACCUGCAACUGGUUCAUCAGUGUCAGGCCCAAUCGACAGAUCAUGCUCAAUUUCGAGCUCUUCUCCGUCGAGGGUGAACAAUCCGCUCGUGGCUGUCCAGCGGCGGUCCUGCGCAUGUGGAUCUCGCCGCACAGCACGCCCGUGGAGCUAUGCGGUGCCAAGGAGCCCGAGGAGAAGUGGAGCCACAUAUCCGACGAUCACAACAUGCGACUGAGCUUCCUGUCGGCGGACAAAGCCGUGGGUCAGCAGGGCUUCCGGGCGAUCUGGACGGAAAUCGAGCAGGACAGCGAUUGCCACGGCGGCUUUCUCUGCCAGCACUCGGGCUACUGCAUCGACGACACCCUCAAGUGCAACAACGUCGACAAUUGCGGACCCGACGACACGUCCGACGAAGACCACUGCAGCGUAGCUCCGCCACCGGAGAACUACUACGCCCUACCGGCCGGUAGCGCGAGUCUGGUCGUGCUUGGGCUGCUGGUGCUGUGCUUCGUCUGUCAGCGUCGGGUGCGUCAUCGGCUGCAGCUCGACGCAGCGGCCUCGAGGUCGGCCACCCACGGCGGAGGCUUAUCGGGACACCUCGACGGUCUGCACCAUCAUCAUCAUCAUCCAGGAGCCGGAGGCGGCGGUAGUGGCCUUCGAAGCGGCCUCGACGAUCGCACCGAUCGCUGCUUUCAUCCCCAUCAUCAUCACCAUCAUCACGGCUCGUCGUUGCUGCUGCCUCAGUCGCCGUCUGCGCAAGCUCAGCGAGAGCAGCAGCAACAGAAUCAUCAUCACCAUCAUCACCAUCAUCAUCACCAUCUCGGCAAUUCGCAUCAUCAUCGUCGCAUGCUCAACGACGAGGAGCUGCUCACGGGAGCCUGCGGCGACGACGACGACGACGGACUGCCCUGCAGUCCGAAUCACAGCGACUGCAGCGACGAGGAGGCCGAGAUGGAGCUCGUGGGCGAGGGCAACGGCGAGGACUGCAACGACUGCACCGAGGUCGACGAGGUCGCGGCCAUGGCCAGCGUCGCCGCCGAGAGGCGACUGGUCCGCAUGCAGAAGAAGACGAGCAGCUGCUCGACGGCCGAUCAGGACGAUCAGCAGCGGCUCAACAACGCCGAGGACGAGGACGAGGACGACGACGACGACGAAGAGGACGAGGAUAACGACGGCGGCGAGGAGCAGCGUCUGGCCGGCAAGGUCAACGCGAGUCCCGAUAUCGUGCGUUGAACGUGUAAAAACAGUGCGCGUUCUAUCGUGAGCGACGAAGUAUGACCUUGCGUUGAUCGCCUUUUUUUUAUAUAUAGCUGUCGGCAACUGUCCCGAAACUUCUAUUUGUUGCAUAUACAUGUGUGAGCUGGUCAGUUGUGCAACGUGGCUAUAUAUAAAACGCAGUUUACCAUGACAAAAAAGCUCUGGCGCACAGCAGUGGCGCGAUUGCUCCCAAGAAAGUGACGAACAACGAUUUUCUAUUAACGGUUAUUAUUGUUGUAAAUAUAUUUAUUAUAAAAAUCACAAAUACACGUGACACACGAUGCACAUACAAGCAAUUUAUAUACUCACAUACACACAUUUUACUGGUACGAAACAUGUGCUGUGCCGUAGAUAUUUUAUCGAAUUGUAAUUAUUGGUUGCAACGACGCGUAGACACAUGGUCGCAAUGGAUUUGAGCUAUGCAUAAUAAUUCUCGUCCCUCGCGCGAACGCACCUUUGGAUGGGCUUUUUUCUCCCGCCUGUUGACUGGUACUGUACGUUGCUCGGUAAAGAUACGAAACGAAUGUAUCGAAGCAACAAUAAAAUUUAAAACAAAAAAACUCAUUCAACGAUGGCGGCUCGGGACGAUGGAAUAAAGUUCGGACAAACCAGGAUGAAAACUAUCAUUAUAUAGACAACAUUCCAAGUGUGAUUGAAUAUUAUGAUCUGAUUUUCAAAUUGUGUUCUAAGCUAUGAAGCAAUCGUUCAUAAACGAUAAGUAUUUUUUAUUUUGUUUUACGAUUCCUAUUACGCGGAACUUUUUGCACUAUUUUGUUAACUGAAAAACAAGGAAAAAACAUUCCAUCUAUUUGUAUAAACGUCACGAUGUUGCCCCAAAAAAGCACCUUCGCACCCAGCACGUAUAACUCAGCAACGUAAAAACUCGUCGAUCAACUUCCGGUUAUUUUAACCACGCUCCGGUAUCAGCCGCUCGAAGCUCAUUAUUGCGAGAUUGAAUUAAAAAAGAGAAAAAAAAUUAAUAAUAAAAAAACGCACGAGGAGAUUGAAUACGCGUUGAUGGAUUUGAUCGAUAUAAAAAUUAUACGUCGUCGUAGAGAAAAAUACGUGACUGAGAGGAAAACUGGAGUUGUGGGUGGAGGGGUGAAAAAAAAAUUACAUAAAACUAUACAAGUGCAAGGUGAUAAAGUACGCUUAUAUUUAUAUACAGUUUUGAUAUAUAAUAAAGAAGGAUGCAGCUGAAGGUGUGUACACAUGUCAGAGCUCUGCGUUAUAAUACACAGUUCGUAUAAACAAGCGGUGAGCCGAAAAAAAUGGGGUAUCAAAGCGAAUUGCCAAAAACUCGCGCGUGAACUUGAAACGACGCUGCGGUGUAUUGUAAAGCUCGCACGCGGACACAGAACCCAUACUGCAAUUGUAAUUCAAAUUCUAAAGUUAUGAAAGGGAACGAAAGUGAAUGUGAGCGUUGAAAAUGCGAAAAAGCCUGUGCUAUAAGUACAUUGCGAAUUAUAUAGUCGUUAAAUUAAACGAGAAAGAAUAAAAUAAAUACAUAAUGAGGGAGAAACCAAUUGUUAAUCCAGUAGUUAUUUUUAACAUAGCUCGCGUGAAAAAUUGCAAAAUUGUUCGGAAAAACGUAUUAUAUAAACUGCCAAUUUUUUUAUUCGUAUUGGUUUAGUAUCAAUUAGUCAGACGUUCUAUCAAAUUUGAAGGAAUUAUCUGGAGCGUUGAACGGUUUAUUGGAAAUAGGUCAAAUAAAAUAAAAUUAAACAAAUUCAAUUGUUAACCCAAAGGAGUGAACGCGUUUAACUAUAAUAUAAGUAUUAUCGUAAGCAGUAUUAAAGUUUUUAACAGUAAUUUAGUACUUAUAUAUAUUGAGAAUAGUAAAAUUAUAUAUAUUAUAUAUAAAUACAAAAAAAGAACUUUUUACAUCUCCGAAACAGUACUUCACCAAAGUCUUUAAAUUUUUAUCGAGAAAAUGUAUUGUUGUAAUACCGAAUUUGUAAGAAAAAUUCACUCAAAGUUCCAUUUUUUGUAAAAUACAAUUAUUAUCGAUUAAUAUUGUCUUGCUCAUCUACAUAAUUCAUAAAAAUUCACUAGUCAUUUUUACUACGGCUAUGUUUCUUGUAGCAUUACCUCAAAUUUCCCUGGUCAAAGUAUAAGAUGGUAAAAAAACUCAUGUCGAAUGGAGGCUUAGAAACCACUUAUUGAUGGGACAUCAUGACAUUUUCAUUUCUUUAAGCCCUUAAAAGUUGCACUUGUACUUCUCAUGGAAUUUCAAUUAAUCUAAUACCGCGUUAUUUUAUGCUUGAGAAACAUAUUCGCGAUACCAACUUUUUCGUUAUAUAAUGUGAUUUUGUAAACUUGCGACAAAAAAAUAAACUAGUCAAACAAAACAAUUUUUUUGCCAAGUAGAUUUCGUACCAAAUUUAUUAUACUUUGGCUGAGGGUAAGCAAAUCAUUCGUACGUUUAUACCAAAAAAUAGUAGAAUUUAUAAGUAUCAUAAAAGAAAACUUUUGUCGAAAAUGUUGCUGAUACUGCCAAAGACAGAUUUUUGAAUUGGUCGAAUCGUAACGCUCGCACCGUCGCAACCACGCAUCUGGAUCACAAUCCUUUAAUUUCUCGAAAUAAUUACAUCAUUAUGAUCACGUAAUUCGAAUUCGACGCGUUAUCAAUUAUAAUCGCUUGAGAAUUGAUCGAAAUAGUUGAUGCCGACACAUUGUACGAGAGGCAUAUGAGAAAUCUCUGUAGAUUUUAGCUCGCGGAAAUGAAAAAAUUUACAACGACAUUUUCGUAAUAUAACACGUAUUAAUAAAAUAGCCAUGUAAAGGACGAAAGACGAUAUAAUGAAAUAAAAAUGCAUUUAAAAUGAAAAAAAAAAUAUUAAAUGACAAGAACUAAAAUAAUCCAGUAUAGUGUAACCGACUAAAACAUUGUCAAACAAGAUAUAUAAAAAAAAUAAUUAAAAAAUAUAUAUUGAUAUUAAUCUAACACAACUUUUGAGCGAUCGAGCAUUAAUAUUUUAUUAUAUGCCAUCUAUGAAUUGUAAAGACGACCAGUCAGAGUCAAACAAAGAAAAAAAUAUUGUACUUCGUUCUUAUGAUAAAUAGAUAAAUACAUGCAUAAAAAUAUAUUGUACACGUGCACUAAAAAAAAUAAACCGCGAGUAAGGAAAGUGCGAAAAUGCCGCGAUACGUAUAUCAUUUAUAACAUUCGAAAACGUAAUAACGAAGAUUAAAAUAAAAAUCGUAUCUUUUCGUUAACGAGCGUAGAUAAUUAAUUGUAAAACGAUUGUAAUACUGUACAGAAUAAGCGAAUUUUCGUGUUUUUUGCGUAUCGUAUGUUUGAGAGGAAAAAAAUAAAAAACGAGACGAGAGAAAAAAGAGGUAUAUAAUUAUUACGUUGAUUUACCGUGCCGCGCGGAGCUGGCUCUGGGGGCACGGCUGAGUGCACGCGCGCUUGUCGUGGUAACAAUCGUGUUGCAAAAAAUAAUCUCCACGAGCUUGCGGAACGAAUUGCAGAAAAAAAUAAAAUCUUCAUUAAAAAAAAAAAGGGAACUCCGUACAGUCACAACUCGAAAGGUAUAAUGCUCUCUUGUAACGUGGAGAUUAUGACUAUAUCCUAUCAUUUUCAUAUUGUUAUUUGCGUAUAUUAUGGAACACCCGUUUUGAGAUUAUUUUAUAAUAUAUGCGUGAACAGUUCGCACAUUUCCUUCCGCUUAUUGUAGAAAACCGAGAUGGAGAAAACGAAAAGUCGAUAUUAAAAAAAUAAAAAUAAAAUAAACAAAGAAAACGAUUGAGCAAUAAGCUUUGCGUAUCUUAUGAAAUAAAAGUGUUGGAGAGGGGUAAGGAAUUUUCCAAAAUAUAAUUAUUUUCUUAACUUUGGUAGUAACAAUGUAUUCUAUGUAGAAUAUUGGAAAAUUGUGUUUACUAGACGUAAGGGUAAAAAAACACACCAAGAUUCCAAUUCUCUGGAUAAUCAUGCGAUUUUUUGUCGCUUGUUGUAUAAAUAGUAAAACACAAUUUUCUAAUAUUUAUCCUUCUUGUAAUUCAAAAAUGAAAAAUAUGAUUAUUAUAGCAAAUCUUUGGGUCAAAUCGAACAAAAGGUUAAUGAUUUCAUUAACUUGAUUUUCCCCUGAUUAAAAUCAGAAAUCAGAAUAAAACAUUUUACGAUUCUUCAGAAUAAUAACAAUUUAAAACAGUGAUUGUUUUUUUCGACGGUAUAAAUAUAUAAAUAUUAAACGUACACGCGUAGGCACAUUUACGUGUGUAAAUAAAUGGAAAUGAAUUAAAAAUAAAAUCAGAUACUGUAAUUAAUGUAAGUAGUAUGUAAUGAAUAUUAACAUUGUUAACCAAACUAUUAGAGACCAUUACAAGUGAAUUGUCGAUGUGGUGUCUAUGGAAAUGAUUCCUUGAUCAUGAAAUAAUACAAUUUUUUUAAUC